AUGGCCAGCGCUAUUAUAAACGGCGCGAGAAGAACCAAAGGGACUUGUCAGCCUCAUCUUAACGUGGCCUUCAUGAAGAUUCACAAGUGUGGGUCAUCUUUGAUAUCCCACAUGCUCCUUCGCUUUGGAUACGGACAUAACUUGAUUGUUGCACUGCCGAGUGAAAAGGGGCGUGAAAUCAUAGGUGGUUUUGGCAUAAUCAAAGAUGACGACUAUGUGCAUCCUCCUGGCGGACAACGCUGGAAUUCCUUCGUCGGCCACCACGCCUUCUACAACAGAACACGCUUUCGCCAGCUCAUGGCUCCCAACACAAGGUAUGUCGCCAUUCUACGAGAACCACUGAAACGACUCAGGUCCGCUUUCCAAUAUUUUCAUAUUGGAAGGUUUUUUCCUGGACUUGCGAAAAAAACUCCCAAAGGACAUGCUCACUUCACAACGUAUCUUGCCAGGCCGACUUACUGGGAUCCGCGGUACAAGCCACCCAAAGAAGUUAGGCUGAGAGAACAUGUUUGCUUUAGAAAUUGCAUGGCGCGUGACUUAGGAUUGGCAGCGAGAGAUUACGACAACCACACCACAGUUGAAGAGUUCGUACGAGGCAUCGAGAACGAUUUUAAAAUCAUGCUUAUCUUAGAAUAUCUCCCGGAGUCCUUAGUUCUACUAAAGCGACGCAUGUGCUGGACUUUCUACGACAUUCUUUACACAUCUGAGGGAGGUCAUGCAAGGCUUCAAAAAUAUCGAGGCAGGGCUGAUGUCACAGACGAGAUGAAACACACGUUCUAUCAGCACAACUACGCAGAUGUGUUGUUAUACACUCGCUUCAAUGAAUCAUUUCAUAAGCAGAUCAGUCAAGAGGGCUCGGACUUUCAGGAAGAGGUACGUCAGUUCACGGAAGUCAACAAGGACGUCAACGAAUACUGUCGAUCGAAGGAAAGACAAGGAAAAGGAAAUAUGGUAGUUGAGAAAAGCAAAUGGAACGACGCUUUCUCUGUGGGUAUAUCACUUUGCAGGCAAUAUGGUCAAGCUAGAAGGUAUUGGGACAACUUACUUCGACUUAAGUAUCGACAUACAGAAGAGGAUAAAAAUUAGAAAAAGGGGAAAGCUGUUGGUCAUUCUCACAAAUCAAGC